GUACAUAUCCGAUGCAAAUGAAGAUGGAAGCAUGUAAGGAAAUGAAUGCUCGUGCAGUAAUGGAACAAAAGAUUGGACUAUUGAAACUGUUGAAAUUUGUGUUCUUUCUGCGUUUUAAUGGAGAAUAACAAAACCAGCACCUGGAACUCUUCUUCAGGAAUAUUUCUGGAAUGAGGAAUUUCUUUUGCACCAGUUGCCCUGAUACAGCUUUAACUUCUUCAAACAAAGCAAUAAGGAAUAGUUUGAAUGAACUUCAGGAAACGGGAUCAAUCAGUUACCUGUUACACGUCCGGGGGGCCGUGCACAAACAAAGUCAUCCUGAUUAAAGGAGCGAACAACAGACAUGGUGACAUAGUAACGUUUAAUAUGGAGGAGAUCGGCUCUUUGAGCAUUCUUCACUCGCAAUGUUUUUAUACACAGACAUAAAUUCAUGGUGUAAAUGGACACAAUCUGAGAUUUGACCAGAUUUUGCCUUUUGCCCCUGUUUAUUUUCACUUGGGGGUGGGGUCAUCCCCACAAUGCUGGGUGCUGGCUGUGUGCGACGUCUCCUCCGCCAGCUCCCACUCCAGACCAUCUUUCUCCUUCUUUUCCUCUUGUGCACGCUCAGCGUCUUCAUUUCUGCCUACUUCCUGUAUGGCGUCAAACGGGAGUUCGAGCCUUCGGCCGGAGUCGCGCCAGAGGAUUGCGAUGAUGACAUCACGCCAUCCCGGCUCCUUCCGCUCCAGGAUGAUGUGGAACAAGACGCAGCAGCAGAUGGCAGCCAGACUGACCCGGUGGUUCUCGUGUUCGUCGAGAGUCAGUACUCCCAGCUGGGUCAGGAUAUCGUAGCAGUGCUGGAGUCGGCCCGAUUCCAGUACCAUACCGAAAUCUCCCCAGGAAAAGGAGACAUGCCCACACUGACUGAGAGUGACCGGGGCCGCUUUGCUCUCAUCAUCUAUGAGAACAUUUUGAAGUAUGUCAACAUGGAUGCCUGGAACAGGGAGCUGUUGGAUAAAUACUGUGUGGAGUAUGGAGUCGGAAUUAUCGGCUUCUUCAAGGCGAAUGAGAACAGUCUCCUGAGUGCCCAGCUAAAAGGUUUCCCUCUGUUUCUGCAUUCGAAUUUGGGUCUAAAGGACUGCACUGUCAACCCCAAAUCACCCCUCCUGCACAUCACCCGCGCCCACGAGGUGGUCAGAGGACCUCUACCUGGUGAUAACUGGACUGUGUUCCAGUCGAACCACUCCACAUAUGAGCCAGUACUAUUAGCAAAGACCCAGUCAGCAGAGAGUAUGGGCCUACACGCUGUCCUCCACACCUCCGUGGUUCAGGACCUUGGCCUUCAUGACGGCAUCCAGCGUGUGCUGUUUGGCCACGGCCUGGCCUUCUGGCUACACAAGCUGGUGUUUGUGGAUGCUGUCGCUUUCCUCACAUCUAAGAGGCUCUCACAGUCCCUGGACAGGUACGUGCUGGUCGACAUUGACGACAUCUUCGUGGGAAAAGAAGGCACCAGGAUGAAGGUGGAUGAUGUGGAGGCACUGGUCCAGACGCAGAACGAGCUGCGGAAGUCAAUCCCAAACUUCACCUUUAACCUUGGCUUCUCAGGGAAAUUUUACCACGCAGGUACAGAUGAGGAGGAUCUGGGCGAUGACCUUUUGUUAUCGUAUGUUAACAAGUUCUGGUGGUUCCCACACAUGUGGAGUCACAUGCAGCCUCACCGCUUUCAUAACCAAAGUGUUUUAGCGGAACAGAUGCUCCUAAACAGACACUUUGCUGAGGAGCACUCUAUCCCUACUCACCUGGGUUACGCAGUGGCUCCACAUCACUCAGGUGUCUACCCCAUUCACGUGCAGCUCUACGAGGCCUGGAAAAAAAUCUGGGGCAUCCGAGUGACCAGCACAGAGGAGUAUCCUCAUCUCAAACCGGCACGCUACCGCCGAGGCUUCAUUCACAGCGGCAUCAGCGUGCUGCCGAGACAAACUUGUGGUCUGUUCACUCACACCAUCUUCUAUAAAGAUUACCCAGGAGGACCUCAGGAGCUGGACAAGCUCAUCGAUGGAGGAGAACUCUUUCUUACUGUAUUACUCAACCCAAUUAGUAUCUUCAUGACUCAUCUUUCUAAUUAUGGAAAUGACCGUCUGGGGCUGUACACUUUUAACAAGCUGCUGCAUUUCCUGCAGACCUGGACUCACCUUAGGCUGCAGACCCUUCCACCUGUCCAACUGGCUCACAAAUACUUCAUCCUCUUUCCUUCAGACAGAGAGCCACUCUGGCAGAACCCUUGCGAAGAUAAGCGGCACAAGGAUAUCUGGUCUAAAGAGAAAACAUGUGAUCGUUUCCCUAAGCUGCUUGUGAUUGGACCUCAAAAGACAGGGACAACUGCCUUGUAUCUAUUCUUGGGUUUGCACCCUGACCUCAUAGGGAACUAUCCCAGCAAGGAGACAUUUGAGGAAAUCCAGUUCUUCAAUGGGCACAACUACCACAGAGGAAUAGACUGGUACAUGGAGUAUUUCCCCCUCCCCUCUAACACCAGCUCAGAUUACUACUUUGAAAAGUGUGCCAACUACUUUGAUUCUGAAUUAGCAGCAGCCAGAGCAGCAGCUCUCCUGCCUAAAGCUAAAAUUAUCACCGUCCUCAUCAGUCCUGCAGAAAGAGCCUAUGCCUGGUACCAGCACCAGAGGGCACAUGAUGAUCCAGUGGCUAUGAAAUACUCUUUUCAUGACGUCAUCACUGCACCCCGUGAUGCUCCUGCAAAGCUGCGAAUUCUACAGAGUCGCUGCCUGGUGCCAGGGUUGUAUGCCAUUCACCUCGAGCGCUGGCUUACACACUACCACUCCAGUCAGAUUAUGGUUGUGGAUGGGCAGAUGCUGAAAACGGAACCAGCAUUAGUUAUGGAUAAAGUCCAGAAGUUUCUGGGACUAAUAAAUACCGUGAACUACCACAAGAUCUUGGCGUUUGAUCCUAAAAAAGGUUUCUGGUGUCAGCUCCUGGAGGGAGGAAAAACUAAGUGUCUGGGAAAAAGUAAAGGAAAGAGAUACUCGGAUAUGAAGUCAGAGUCGCAGCUCUUUUUAAGAAAGUACUACAGAGAUCAUAACAUUGAGCUGUCAAAGCUGCUGUACAGGAUGGGCCAGCCUUUACCCAUAUGGCUCAAAGAUGAACUUCUUAACACUAGGUAGCUUUGAACCAUGUUCCUUUCCUCUGUCUGGGACUGAUUUAGUCACCAGCACUGGAGGAAUAAACCAUCUACAUUGAAGUGGAUGAGGAAGUCAUGUCUCAUUGGAUUUCCCCUGUUGCUUUCAAGACCUAUAGUGGCUUUGUAAUCCUGUGGUUUGUAAAAUAUAACAUCUCUACUUCUUCUUAUUAAAACCCCCAUGGGGUAGUAUGUUAUGUCACAGUUUCAUCUGAAGAGGAAAUGCUACAUCCUCUCACUACAUAAUGAAAGAUGGAUGUGCGUCACGCUUGAUAUGCUAUUUAACACUGGCUUCUCUCACUUCUUCUUGAUAAGAGGAAGAUUACUACGCGAUGAAAUGUUCUGAGAUAAGCCAAAUUAACAGUCCAAGGAACUCGAUAAAUGCACUGACCGUGAAGGAAUGAAUGCCGUUUCUUCACCUCAGGACUUCUCUGAGAAACAAAAGCGUGUAUUUUCUUUCUUUUUCUUUUCUUUUCUUUUCUUUUUGUAUUUUUUAAGUGCCAGUAAUUAAAAGCUGCGCUGGGUUUUUUUGUACAGUGUAACAACAUUAAGCUCUUUGCUAUAAGAAAUAAUGACUAGGCCCUUAUUCAGCAUGACCCUGACACAGUGCCACAGCAGACAUCACAGCUAACUAGAUCUGUCAUAAUUAAAUGCAAAAGAAUAAAAGGUAUUGAUAUUUAUUUAUUUCUUUUGUUAUUGUUGAAGAGGUACCAAUUUCCCAUGGCUAAUUUCUUGCUUUCUGUUUACACAUUGUAUCCUGAAAAGCUUAUUACAGCUCUAACAGCUAACAAGGCUGGCUGUACACUGAAAAAUUUGAGGAAGGUCCAAUUAUAUAGAGAACAUGCUAAUUGAUUCAGAAAUAUAGGAAUUGUGUGGAAAUGUAUGGAAUAAUAUCAAGUUCAACUCAAUUUUGUGCACAGCAGACCUCAAAUCGAUUGUGGUUUCAUACAAAAUGAUAUGAAAAUGUACAAAAUACUUACUGAACAUACUUAUCACUCUUUCCUCACUCAUCCUCAACUCUCCAUCAUCUAUCCCACUAUCUAUCUUCAUCUAUCUUCUACUUCACUUACACCAAACCCCUCAACUGUCACACAAACCUUUCUGCUCUUUAAACCAACCCAUAAAUUUCUCAUCCCAACCCCUCCCACAAACACCCUGACCACACCCCUUUUCCACACGAUCUUCUUUUCAGCCUACCCCGGCUCACACAGGUCAACCCCUACAUUACUCAUGCUUUUUCAGCUGAACCCUUUCUGCUUGCAUUCCAACCCCUAUAUAAUCAAUGACAACCCCUCCUCUUUUCCUCCUGACCCCUUCCUCACUGCAUCCCCCUUUUUGAACCAGCCAAUCCCCUAUUUUAAUAUAAGCCCCACCCAUUUUCUCAAUCGUUACACCAUUUGUGGUCGACCUCUAUUUUCCAUGUCAAUCCUUUCAUCACUGUAUGUGCUUUUGUCAGCCACUCCCCUUUUCAUAUGUCCCUCCCAUUUUCAAUCCCACUCUUCAUGACAGCCCUUCCUCUGUCCAUCCCCAUUCAUGACAAGCUGUACAUUUUCAUCCCAACACCUCUUUUGCAUGUCCAAACCACUUCCAAGAGCUAAGCAUUCAGCCCCACCAUACCCACAUCAUUUGCUUCCAUCUACCCACUCUUUUCCACCAGUCUGGGUUGCCAAGGCAAUGCCUCUUUAUCCCACCUCCAAUUUAAUUUAGUCAAUACAAAAAAAAAUAAUAAUCUCCAAAUUAUCUAUAUUCCCUGUGUCACUAAAAUAAUUUGUUAGUUUGUUCCUCUCUUCCAAAUCAUUUCUCAUACACUAAUAAAAUACCCAAAUGUUUUGAAUCUGAAUUGGCCUUUCUUGUCUACCACUAUUAAAAUACUCAAAGGUUCUCAAUCUGUGCUGUCUUUCUAGCUAAUCAACUCCAUAAUAACCAAGUCAUAGUAUGGGAUAUUAUUUUUCACUUUGGUGGCAAAAUCAUUGUCACUUUUCACACCACAUCAACAUACACUUACUAUCUGGAUCUAGAAAUGAACUGCUGAUAUACAUUGUUCCUGUGGCAACGGUGGCUACCUCUUUCUUCAUUCAUCUUCAUGUCCAGUGGCUACUGUUCAUCCAGCAAUUUGCUAUGAGGGUUUUUUUUUUGUUGUUGUUGUUGUUCUAAUGGUAAGAAAGCUGUAAGUAUUAACUAAAUUAUGUUUCAUAGUAUUUUUUUUUCUUUCAAAUUUUUUUUUACACACCAUUUCUUUUUAAUGGAUAUUCUGUACUGUUUCCCAAGUGUGACUUUAUUUACUUGAUGUUUACAAUCAAAAUGCAGGACAUCAGGACUCUGGAAUUACAGUUUUACCCCACUUCAUGGCCAAUUCACACAAAAAAAGUAUUUUAUAUACCAGUGGAAAUUGUUUGUAUUAUCUAAGGCUGGGAAUGUGUUAGUAAUAUUCUAAAGUCAACACUUAAGAAUUUAAUUGUGUCAAGUUCAUCUUUUGUUCAUGGUUUGGGAAUAUGUGAUCUAUUGUUUUUUUUUUUUUCUAUUAUUUUCUUUGUUACUGUACAGAACCAUGCAGGAUUUUCUAAUGAAUGUGGCUUAUCACAUGCUGCUCAUCAAAGACAUGUAACAGGUAUUUACAUGAAGGUGUGAGAACACUAAUGAACCUUUUUUCUGGAAAAAAAAAACAGGAGGUGAAAUGUGUUUUUUUGGUGCAUUGACUUUAUAAAUGUUCCUGUUCAAAACAAACUUGCUUUUGUGGUUUUAAAUGGAUGCUACAGAUUUAUUAUUGCACUUUUCCACCAGAAAGAAAUACAAAAAUAGAAUUGCAUCAUUCUGACGAGCAUAACCAAGUACUUAUGCCUCAAUAAAUUACCCUUCUUACCCAGGUAGAUUAAGGGUUCAAUUCAAUGCUAUUAUCAGUAUUUCUAUGUUUUUAGUGCUCCACAUAUUCAAAUCUACAUUCAGAUUUGAACUUUGUGUAGCCUAAAUCAGAAGAGUUUUGUUUGUUUCACACUCCUGCCUGCACAGCCUUUAUAAUUUUUUCCUUUUUUAUAUACAUGUGACAUUUUUAAUGUUCAAUGUUUUUUUAUUUGCUUAUUGAAACCUUAAUGACUCUGACCACUCACUUACUAAGGAUAAUGAAUAAAAUAAUACUUUAAAUCCACAGCUGUAAAUACAUCACCCACAUCCACGUUAAUGACAGUGGUCUUUCUUUAUCAUGUGAGCUUUUUAUCUGACCCUUUACAUCUGCUUGUUUGACUUUUUUUUCCACACACAAUAUCCUACCCUAUUUGCCACAACCAGAUGUCAUGGGAUUAAUGUAUUUUUUUUGUUUGGGUUUUUUUUUCUUCUUUUUAAACAAAGACCUUUCUUUACAAGCAACAAAAGAAAGUCAAAUGAUCAUGAUUUGUCAUGGGUUUGGUUUGUUACAGUGCCAUGCUAUACUUCACUGUCUGAUGGGAGUGUGAGUAAAUGUUGAAUUCAGGAUACUGUUUUGCUUCUUUGGUCCAGUCUGAGAAGUUCUAAGAUUUGUGUUUUUAUGAUGUACCUGAUUUUCCCCUAAAAGAUAUUUAACUGUUGCCAUACUUCAACACCUUAUGUUCUACCUAUGUUCUUUGUCCCUCUGUUACUAAUAACUAUUUUCAAUGCACAGGCCUGUAAUCAAUAUUGAAAGUACAGGUUUUACAGUAUAAUUUUAUAAGCGGUGUGGUUUCAUGGUUAGAUGAGAUGAUGAUUACAGGUUCACAGACGUACAAGAACCACUAGACCGUUUUUUUUUUUUUUUUUUUUUUUUCUUUUUCUUUCUCGAGGUUGACAGUAAGUGAACUGCAACCUCAAAUAACUUAUAAUGUUCUGUGUUUUUUAUUUUUUUCAAACACACCCACUCAAGUAAUUUUGAGUGAUAAGUCAAGUGUGUGUGCGUGUGUGUGGCUUGGCUGCCUGCCUGCCACAGUUUAACAGAAAGCAGAAUAAAUGGGCUGCUGUAAUUAC